UCGUCUCUCGGUCUACCUGGCAUACAUGACAAAAGAGUUGGCGACGAGGAUGGGAUCUUCGAACAUUAGUUUUGAAUCUUAUGAUGCGUCUGUGGAAGACUGGUCCAGUUAUGUGGAACGUUUAGAAUCUUACUUCGUUGUUAAUGGGAUCGAAGAUAAAAUGAAAGUCCCUGCUAUUUUAAGCCUUAUGGGAGCAACAACGUAUAAAUUGUUAAAGAAUCUGGCCACUCCCAACAUUCCUUCUGAAUUGACUUAUCAAGAUAUCGUAAAAUUACUUUCGGAACAUUUGAAUUCUAAACCACUGGAGAUGACAGAACGGUUUCGUUUCUACAAGAGGAAGCAAUUUGAAGGUGAGUCCAUUGCAAAUUAUUGUGCCGAAUUACAAAAACUGUCGAUACACUGUAACUUUGGGAACAAUUUAAGUACGAUGCUUCGUGAUAAAUUGGUGAUGGGUCUCAAAAACGAAAAUAUACAGAAAAAGCUGUUAGCAGAGGAUAAGUUAACAUACGAAAAAGCUAAGAGCAUUGCAUUCGCAAUGGAAUCUGCUCAGAGAGAUGUGUGUGAAAUUCCGAAUCAAAUGGUAUCGAUAAAAAAAUUACAUAGUUCGCAAGAUAAAACUAUCAAAAAAGAUUUUUCUAAAUUUAAGAAAUCUGAACCUACAAAGAAGUUUGAUAAAUCUCGGAAAUGUUACAGAUGUGAUAGUACUCAACAUUUAGCUCACGAAUGUAAGCACAAGAACACUCAGUGUAGGAAUUGCUUAAAGAACGGGCAUUUGGCAAAAGUCUGCCGCUCAAAACGUAACGAAACAGUUAAACAAAUAGAAUCUUGUUCUGAAACUGUACCAGUUAAUAGCGUUAAAUCACCACGACAUGCAAGGGAUAAGAUUUUAUUAGAAAUUUUUGUUGAAGGGAAUAAAUGUUUAUUUGAAUUAGAUACUGGAGCUGCUAUUAGUUGUAUGAAUGCGAAUGAAUUUAAGAAACUUUGUCCGGAUGUAGCCAUUAAGCCUACCAAAUUAUUGCUUAGGAAUUUCGAUAAUUCUAUGAUAACAUCGGCUGACCAAGCAGUGGUGCAAAUUCAAUACAAAGAUCAAAUUAAUACAGAAACUAUUUAUUUGUAUAAGAAAAUUUUUUCUCCUGGUAUCGGGAAACUGGAAAAGUUUUGUUGCCGUCUUCAAAUGAAACCUAAUUACAAACCGGUAUUUUUUAAACCUCGACCAGUACCAUUUGCUUUAAAAGAAAGAAUAGAAACUGAACUUAAGAGGUUAGUUGCAGAAGACAUCAUUGAGCCGGUUGUUCCUGUUAUCAAACAGAAUGGGAACCUACGAAUCUGUGGGGAUUAUAAGGUGACUAUCAACCCGGGACUAAAAAUUGAGCAGUAUCCUUUACCCCGUAUCGAGGACAUUUUUGCUGAACUGUCAGGAGGGGAGUUCUUUACUAAAAUCGACUUAUCUGAGGCAUACCUUCAAAUGUUAGUUGAUGAGCGGGACCGACAUCUAUUGAUGAUCAAUACUCACAAGGGUUUGUUCCGUUACAAGAGAAGGAAUUAUGGUAUAGCCUUAGCUCCGGCAGUGUGGCAGAGAGCCAUUGAACAAGUUUUAUCAGGCAUCGCGGGGGUACACGUAUUUUUAGACGAUAUUACCGUAACGGGGAGAAAUGAUCAAGAGCAUUUUGAAAGGUUAGAAUUAGUACUACAGAGACUAGAAGAAUAUGGUCUCAGAGUAAAUAAGCGGAAAAGUGAAUUUUUUAAGAAAUCUGUGAAUUAUUGUGGUCAUACAAUUGAUAAAUUCGGCCUCCACAAAACACAAGAAAAAAUCGAUGCAAUUACGAAGGUACCAGUUCCAAAAACUGUAUCUGAUUUGAAGAUCAAUUACUACGGAAAAUUUAUUCCCAACUUAUCUACUCGUGUUGCUCCUUUCAAUAAUUUACUGCAGAAAGGUACUAAAUUUUUGUGGACUGCAGAAUGUGAAACAGCUUUCAAGGCAUUGAAACAAGAAAUUGCUUCAGACCGAAUUUUAUGCCAUUAUGAUCCUAAGUUACCUCUUGUAUUACAAACUGAUGCAUCACCAGUUGGAAUAGGAGCAGUUUCAAGUCACAUUAUGCCAGAUGGUUCGGAAAAACCAGCCAUGUUUGCAUCAAGGUCAUUGACUAAAACGGAACGUAAUUAUUCGCAGAUAGACAGGGAAGCAUUGAGUAUCGUAUGGGGAGUAAAGAGAUUUUAUCAAUAUUUAUUUGGUCGACAUUUUGAUCUCGUAACCGAUCAUAAACCCCUAGUAUCAAUUUUCGCACCUAAUCGUAGUUUACCAUGUCUAUCAGCAACACGAAUGGUUCAUUAUGCACUUUUUCUCCAAGCAUUCAGUUAUACAAUCAAGUAUCGAAACACAAAGAAUCAUGGCAAUGCCGAUGCACUUUCACGGUUACCACUAGCAGUUGACAAGGACUGUGAGUACUUGACUGAAGCAGACGUGACAAAUAUUUCGCAAGUUGAAUUAAUGCCUGUUACAGCAACCGACAUAGCUAGAGCUACUAAAACUGAUAGGAAAUUGUUCGAACUGUAUGAAAGUUUAAAAUCUGGAACUGAAUUACCUGUGCCUUGGAAAGGUAGAGAAUCUGAAUUUUCAUUGCAAAAUGGUUGCAUAAUGUAUGGUCAUAGAGUAUGCAUUCCUGAAAAGUACCAGAAUCAAGUUUUGGAAAAACUUCAUGUUGGACAUCCUGGAAUUGUCAAAAUGAAGGCCUUAGCUAGAAGCUACUGCUAUUGGAUACACGUUGACUACGCUGGUCCUUUUAUGGGGAAAAUGUUUUUUGUAGUCUCUGAUGCAUAUUCGAAGUGGAUAGAAGUCAUUCCGAUGAAAAAUAUUACAGCUAGUUUUACAAUUCAUCAUCUUCGUAUUCUUUUUGCUCAUUAUGGAAUUCCCUUAACUUUGGUUAGUGAUAACGGCGCAAGUUUUACUAGUUACGAAUUUCGACAUUUUUUGAAACUGAAUAAUAUUAAACAUAUAACUUCAGCACCUUACCAUCCUGCUACGAACGGACAGGCAGAAAGAAUAGUGCAGUUGUUCAAAGCUUCGUUGAAAUCGAGUAGAGGUGAUUCUGGAGAUCUAAAUGUGAAAUUACAAAGAUUUUUAUUACAGUAUAGAAUAACUCCACAUUCCCUCACGGGAGAAACUCCGAGUGCCUUGUUUUUGAAGAGAUUUAUUCGCACUAGGCUUGAUCUUUUUAAACCAAAUUUGAGAGACAAAGUUGUUCAGAAACAGAGUUCGAGACUUGACACAGAAUCUAUCUUGCGUGAGUUUCAGGAAGGGGAGAAAGUAGCCGUAAGAAAUUAUUCCGGACCUAACAAAUGGAAAAUUGGAACAAUUAUAAACCGAGAUGGAACUUUGAGUUAUAGCAUACAAGUUGGAAAUGAAAUUUGGAAGAGACACGUAGAUCAAAUAAGGAAAUGUGGGAAGUCAAUUGAAUUAUCCCAAGCUGCUACUGAAAUUCCAAUUUACGAUAAAGAAUUGAAUUAUCCAGAUGAGCCAGUAUCCGAUGAUGUUGCUGAAUCGAAACCGCCUGCACCUGUACCUGAAGUUGUCCCUGCACCUAAGGAUGUACCUGUAUCUGCCACUCCAAGUGAUGAUAUGCCACCUAGCCCUGUACCAGACGCUUCCGGAAAGCCGAAAACUGAUGUGCCACUACGGCGCUCAAACCGAAUCAGGAGACCUCUAGAGAGACUCCACCUGUGA